AUGUCAGACAUAGGAUCAGAAGAAUUUGAGGAAGACGAAGGCAUUAAUCUUGGGGUAAGGCCAUUCGCAUUCGCUUUAUUCAUUUUAUGCUGUCGAAAUGGUACAGCAAACUGUCAAAUGUCAAUAUUAUUGAGAAUCAUUGUGAAUCCGUCGCUUUUUAUACGGCAAGCCUUGUAACUUUAAACUUACGUUCUUUGUUCAACUUUCUUUCUGUCCUUUCAAAACAGGCAUGAGCUACUCUGUUCGAACUGAUUUUUUUUCGUUCGCCGGUUUAGGAAAGAACUUUAACAAGAAUAAGCACUCAAUGAAUUGAAUGUUUGAUGACCCAUAAGAUUGUUUGAAAUCAUGAAUUAUUUGUCGCUACUUUAGCCUCGCAUAAAAAGGUUGGAGAACGUAUCCGUAACAAUCUCGUAUCUGUAUAGACGAAGAGAAUUAAAGGGAGAUUAGUGAUCGCUCACCGAAAUAAUUGGUUUAUUGGAGGUAAAAUGACUAGCUACCGAAGAAAAUAACAAACUGACAAGUCUUCUUAUAUAUGAAUAUUAACAAGGCUGCAAAGCACGUGAAGUAUCCUUUGACCGACGACAAUAUCAUGAAAUACUGAAUGUCCUGUGUUUUCCGCGAGCGUCAUGAGAUAAUGAGCAUUAUGACAUCCAGUAGAAAAUGCGUCCAUUAAAUAGUAUUUUAGUCAUAAUUCACCGCAAACUAUGCCAUAAGAAUGAAAACUGAAAAGUUUAAAAACAUUUAGAAUGAGUUUUAUCGAAGACUUAUCCCACAUUCACCUGUUGGAUAUAAGAAGGCUCUAAGUCCCACGGAGGGACGUCGAUUUUUUCUUACAACCACAGUCGUUGAAUAACCUUCCUUUAGUGUCCAUCUAAAAGAAAUUGAAGAGAUUGUGGUACAAGUUUUAAGGGGGGGGGCAGUGUGUUUGUUUAUUGGGGAAAUGAGAAUGAAAGAAUUAAUGUAGAAAAAGGUGUGCACAUAUGCACAUAAACCAGUUGGUCCACUACCUACUCCCUUCAUGUUUUAUAUUUCAGCUACCCCCAAAUCCAAUAAUUUUCCAUUGUUUUAAAUAUACGUAUUCAGUGAAAGCAUUCAAAAAAUCAUCCUAAAAUUUGAAACAUUUAUUGAACCAAGGUUCCGAACCCCACUGAGCCCUUUGUUUUGAUUGAAUGAAACUUGUUGGUUAGGUCCUGUUCAUUAACGAAAAAAAGGCGGGAAAAAACGAAAAACUGAACAAGACUCGAAAUGCUUUGUAACCAGACUUCUCUCGUAAUGAAAUUGGUUGUUAUGUACGGUGAUGUUAAAGUAUCGUCCACAAAAAAAGUUUUAGUUACUGUGGAAAGAAGGUAUAGUCUGUAGUACUUGUUGUCACAACUUCUCCCCAGUUGCUAGGAGCAGGAUCCAAGACUGAGCGGGCUACAGUCAGUCUAAUAGUAGGAAGGAAAACCAUGAGAUCUGCAAUGCUCAUGCACAAUUAUACUCAAAAGCCAACGGCGACCAAUACCUUAUUGUUUUCUUACCUAAAAGCAGAGCUCUAAAAAUCAGCCAGCCUUUUUCUGAGUUACCUCCAAUGGAAAACGCAAGUGCAGAAAAUAUAUCACCGAAUAGAAGGCCUGAGGAUCUCCUUGGCCUAUAACUCUCCGCUUGCUCUCUCCUCUAGUUCUGUAAAAUGUGAUUUACAUUGUACCAUACUUGUCUUUUAACUGUGCAAACUUUGAGAAUGUAGGCGAGGACAGCAAGAAAGAGUUAGCUACCUUUCAGGAGUUUGGGCCCGAAUUGUAAAUUUGAAGCACAUUAUUCGGGACUGAAAUGUUUCAGUAAAAAAGUUCGUAAAUCGAUGUUUGAGAGAUUCUAGAGUGGAGGACUAAAGGUCUCCGACCAGCUGUCGCCUGUCAGUCUUAGUUCCACCCGGGUUUAGGGUUUUUUUAAGUUUUGUUAUAAAAAAACCUAAACUAGAAACUAUGGAAAAAUUUGUUUUUAAAAACAUUUUGCUUCAGCCACGCCCUAAAAGAUAUUUCGCCACUUUAGAAACGAGAAGGAACUGGAGCCGAAACGCGUUCCGCAAUUGUUUCUUGGAUCGUUACUAGGGACGUGCUGGGCAGCUAUUGGACAAUUUUUUCCCUAGCCCUAGUAACAGUCCCAGAAGUCUCAGAAAGUUGACUCGAUCCAGUUUCCUUCUGGUCUCUAAAAUUUCGAGUCGCGCUCUCACUGGUCUGAUGAGGCCCAAGUACGCUAGUCUCCAGCUCACGCUCGGUCCAUACCUUUCGUUUGAAAUAGCACGCAUUGGUAUAAAUAAUGAAAUAAUAAGACUCUUUUCCAUUCUAAUAAUUUCUUGGAUUUCAGUGUGAUGUGAUCACCGACUACGAUUUUAGGCACACAAUUUUUUCUGCUUCCUGAAGUAUGUGAUUAUGGAAGAGAAAAAGGGGGAGUCUUGGACUUUCAAAUGGUUUUGGGUGUGCCAUCGCCUUAAUUGGUUUUUUAGUUAUCUUAAAUCGUUCAAUGAGGUGAGUGCUUUUUUUAAUGUCAUUUUUAUCUUCUCUGUAGGAGUAUGAAGGUGAACGAAAUGAAAACGAAGAACGUCACGGCUACGGCAAAGCAACUCUUCCAAACGGUGACACCUACGAAGGGCAGUACGAACACGGCAAACGCCACGGUAACGGCACCUACCGCUUCAAAAACGGCGCCAAAUACAUGGGUGAAUAUGCCAAGGGCAGGAAGCACGGCCAGGGUACGUUUUGGUACCCAGAUGGCUCACGUUACGAGGGUGGCUGGGUGGAAGACCGCAGAAACGGCCACGGAAUUUACUACUACUUAAAUGGAGACACUUAUGAGGGAGACUGGUACGAGCAUCAGAGACAUGGCCAGGGUGUGUACACGUACUCGGCAACUGGAACCAAGUACACGGGAUCAUGGGUACACGGCAAGCGAGACGGAGCGGGAGAGCUGGUCCACUCCAAUCAUAGAUACGUCGGUAACUUUGUGGAUGAUAACCUCCAAGGAGCCGGUAAAUAUCGCUUUGAUAUCGGCUGUGAACAGCAUGGGGAGUAUAUAUUGGAAGAGAGGAUUCAGGAAGGCGACACAGAGGAAGACGAACAACUCACCGUGUUGACAGCCAAGUGGAAGUGCUCACAGAUAACUGAGAUAGAGCCGGCGAAAAUAGGCUGA